AUGGUGCGGCCCAUGGGGGCAGUUCGCAUGCGGCGGACAAACUAUGUCACCCUCUUCAUCGGAGCCGUGCUCUGCCUUUUCAUCAUCUACUUCCUCUCCGGCAGCGGCGACUCCUCAACCUCGACAAGCAAGACGCCCAUAAAGAAGCCGACGAAAUCAAGUCUUAUCGGCGACCGGCCGCCCGUCAAGCGGUACAAUCUGAACAAUGUCACCAUCACACCGGACCCUAUUGGCAAUCGGGAGGCUGUCCUGAUCCUUACGCCCAUGGCGCGCUUCUACCCCGAGUACUGGGAGAACUUGCUCAAGCUCAACUAUCCGCACGAACUCAUCACUCUCGGCUAUAUCCUGCCGAAGACAAAAGAGGGCAACGCCGCCACAGCCGCGCUUCAGGCAGCAGUCUCCAAGACGCAGCGAGGCCCCGUCAAGGAUCGGUUCCGGAGCGUCGUCAUCGAGCGAGAAGACUUUGAGACGCCAUUGAUAUCCCAGGACGAGAGCGAGCGUCACAAGAUGUCGAACCAGAAGGCCAGACGUGCUGCCAUGUCGCUAGCUCGUAACUCUCUACUCUUUACGACACUCGGCAUCGAUACCUCGUGGGUCCUCUGGCUGGACGGUGAUAUCAUUGAGACACCGCCAACCCUCAUCCAAGAUCUGGCUGCCCACGACAAGGCCCUUAUUGUGGCGAACUGCUUCCAGAAAUACACCAACCCAGAGACCGGGAAGCUGGAAGAAAGGCCGUAUGACUACAACAGCUGGCAGGAUAGCACUGCCGCGCAAGAAAUGGCUUCGAAGAUGGGUCCUGACGACAUCAUCGUCGAAGGCUAUCAAGAGAUGGCCACCUGGAGAGCGCUCAUGGCUAAAAUGCCCGAUCCGGAGAAGAACAACAACCCCAACUUUGAAGUUCCCCUCGACGGCGUUGGUGGCACUGCGUUGCUGGUCAAGGCUGACGUCCAUCGGGACGGCGCCAUGUUUCCUGCAUUCCCUUUCUACCACUUGAUCGAGACUGAGGGUUUCGCCAAAAUGGCGAGGAGAUUAGGCUACAAGCCGUUCGGACUUCCGAACUACAAGGUCUACCACUACAACGAAUAG